AUGCCUCGUUUUAAGACUUUCACAGCUCAAGUUGAUCAUAUUCACAUUCUAGAAACCAUAGAGGAGGCAUUAAAAAGUUCUGAGUGGAAUAAGGUAGUUGAAGAAGAACUUUCAGCUCUAGAAAACAACAAAACCUGGGUUAUCAUUGAUCUACCUAAAGACAAGAAACCAGUCGACUGCAAAUGGGUGUUUACUGUGAAAUUCAAGGCAGAUGGAAAAAUUGAGAGAUAUAAGGCUAGACUUGUGACAAAGGGGUUCACUUAUACUUAUGGAGUUGACUAUCAAGAAACCUUUGCUCCAGUUUCAAAACUCAACACUAUUCGAGUUAUAUUAUCCUUGGUAGUAAACAAGGAUUGGAUACUUCACCAACUAGACAUAAAAAUGUAUUUCUCAAUGGCAAUCUUGAAGAAGAAGUCUAUAUGCAAGUUCCACCAGGAAUUCAUUCUAGAACUAACUGGGUAUGUAGACUACUGA